GCUGAUGGCAAAAGCGAAGAGGGAAGAAGUUCGUUCCUUGGUGGCUAAAGGCCAUUCGACCUUUAAUUAUUCUGCAAUUCCCAUUCUAUUUCUUUUCACUCUUCAACCUCUUCUCUCUCUCUCUCUCUCUCUCUCUCUCUCUCUCUCUCUCUCUCUCAAGAGCUUCUUUGGUUGUAGUAUUUUCUCUAGUAGAAUUUGUGAGAUUAAUUAUUUUGGAGCAGGUCCCAGCACCCUCUUCAAUCUAAUCCUUUUUGGAUCUGUGGCUCAAUUCAGAGGAAGUGCCUAUGGCGGAGGCUGUGGUAAGCUUAUUACUCCACAAUAUUGGUGCUGCCUUAGCUAGUGAAGCAACUAAAGCAGCAACAUCACAGUUACGAACACGGAUAUCAACAAUGAAAGAACUCAUGAAGGAUAUAAGUGAGAUUAAGGAUGAGCUUGAGAGCAUGCUAUCCUUCCUACGGAUUGCAGAAAGAUUAAAAGAGAAGGAUGAGAGCACAAAAAUCUUCAUAAAACAAACAAGAGACUUGGCUUUCGACAUUGAGGAUAUUAUAGAUGAGUUCACGUACAAGCUGGGUGAGGAGCAAGGAGGGGUUCUACCCAGAGCAAUCAAGAGGUGCAGAAAUAUAAAAACAUGGGAUGACCUUAGCAGCAAACUUAAAGAGAUCAAAAUUAAUCUCCAAAACAUUAUGGAGAGAAGGACACGAUAUGAUACAAGAGGAAUGGAAAGUGAAGCAAAACCUCUAAUAGCUGUUGGCGGUAGCAAGAGCCGUGCAGAAUUAGCACAUUUUGUCGAGGAGGAUGAUAUCGUGGGUAUUGACAAGUACAGGGACUUGUUGCUCAAAUGGUUGAAAGAUGAGGAUGAGCAGCAACGACAGCCCAUGAUAAUCUCAGUGUUGGGGAUGGGUGGUCUAGGGAUGACAACUCUUGUAACUCAUGUGUACAAAAUCAUCAAAGCUACCUUUGAUGCUUGUGCCUGGGUUGCUGUAUCUCAAAGUUAUGAGACUGAUGAUUUGCUUAGACGGAUUUUAAAAGAGUUUUAUAGGGAAGAUCGUGAGAAAAGACAAGCACCUAACAACAUUGAUACCAUGGAUAAAAGAAGCUUAGUUGAGAAAAGAGAAGUACCUGACAACAUUGAUACCAUGGAUUGUAGAAGCUUGGUUGAGACUAUCCACACUUACUUGCACUGUAAAAAUUAUGUACUUAUUCUAGAUGAUGUUUGGAGUAUUGAUGUACUGGACAAUAUAAAGAAUGCACUUCUGAAUAGUAAUAGCAAGAGUAGAAUAGUUCUCACAACAAGGAUUCACGAUGUAGCUCUAUUAGCAAACGAGAACCAUAUGUUUGAGCUAAAGCCACUGGAGAUAGAUGAUUCAUGGGAUUUGUUUUGUAAAAACGCAUUUUGGAAAAGUGCAAACAAGAUUUGCCCACCACCUUUAGAACAAUGUGCUAAAAAAAUUGUCGAGAAGUGCGGUGGCUUGCCCCUUGCUAUCGUGUCUAUAGCCUGUCUCUUAUCAUUUCGAGAACAAACCAGUUCUGAAUGGGAGAAGGUUUACAAAGAUCUUGAGUGGUAUCUAACUAACAACGAAUCGAAGCUCCAUGGAAAAGUACAUGACAUUUUGAAACUUAGUUUGGACGAUCUUCCCCAUUACCUUCGAAAUUGCUUCUUAUAUUGUUCCAACUUUCCGGAAGAUUAUCAAAUUAGACAUAACAAGCUUAUAAGGCUUUGGGUGGCCGAAGGGUUCAUUGAAGAAAGAGGAAUAACGAUGGAGGAAGUGGCCGAGGACUACCUUAGCGAACUUGUUCAUCGCUGCCUACUACAAGAGGCUGAGUGGAACGAAAUUGGUAGAGUUUGUGCAUAUCGAAUGCAUGACAUCAUUCGAGUCCUCGCUCUUUCGGAGUCAAAGGAGUUAAGCUUUUGCAUAGUUUACGAGCAUUCAAGGACAAUAUUGCAGGGAUACAAAGCACGCCGCUUGUCAAUCCUAAGCAAUAUACCUAAUUAUCGUACUGAAGACAAAUCUCAUUUGCGUUCAGUACUUGUUUUCAACAAUUCCAUGAGCUAUGAUUUACUAAAGUCGGUCUUAAGAUCAUCAAAAUUUUUACGUGUCUUGGAACUACAAGGAACGCUAAUCGAGAAACUACCGAGUGAGAUCUGUAACCUAUUCAACCUGCAUUAUCUAUGCUUGCGAGAUCCAAAAAUUAAGGAGCUUCCAAGAUCAAUCGGGAAGCUACGAAAUCUGCAAAUAUUAGAUACAUUUGGAAGUGAAAUAGAAAAGCUGCCAAAAGGAAUAACAGAACUUCAAAAGUUGAGACAUCUAUUUUUGUCCGACAAUUUGGGUAAGAACAUCAAGGGACCGGUGGGAAUAUGGCGCUUGAAGGGCUUGCAGAGUUUGGCAACUAUUAGUGCAACUAGGAAGAUUGUGCGGAAUGUAGAAGCUUUGACAGAGUUGCGGACAUUUGGGAUAAAGAGCGUAAGAACCCAUCACUGUGCAGACUUGUGGAAUAGUAUCACAAAAAUGAACCAUCUUAGCGAUUUACUUAUUUGGAGUGAAGAUGGGCAAGAAUUACAGCAGUUGGGCACCCUGCGCCUUCCUCUACCAAUUCAAGAAUUAGAUCUGGAGGGUAAAUUAGACAAAAACUCACUCCCUGAGCUUGCCACGUCCUUUGGGUCUCUAACAAACCUAACCAUAUUAAGACUUUCAUAUGCAAAAUUGGAUGAAGACACUUUUCCUUACUUGCAAGAACUGCCGUCAUUGAUGUUUCUUGAACUUUAUGAGGCAUAUGACGGCAUGAAGUUGCACUUCCAAGCAACAUCAUUCCCGAAGCUAAAGACAUUGGUAAUAGCAUUUACCCCGAAGCUCAGUCAGGUGGAAAUAGAAAGAGGAGCAAUGGCAAGCCUGAAUAUGCUAGACCUAAAGUGUUGCCCCGAGCUAAAGGAGCUGCCCCACGGUAUCGAGUACCUUACCACCCUUCAGCAUUUAUGCAUUAACCGUCCAGCAGAGGAACUUAUUGAGUUGCUUCGAGGAGGAGGAGGAGGAGGAGGAGAAGGCGACCACAGCAAUGACUGGCGCACGAGGGUUCGCCACAUCCCGAAUUUUACUAUUGGUUUCAUACGAGACCGCAAGUAUGUCGAAGAAAGGAUUCAAUGAUUCCACAUCAUGCAGGUGAGUUUGGGCGUUUUUUGCAGAGCACCGGCCGAGCUUGAUGCUUUCAUAUUUUCCGCCCCAGAUUGAUCUUCUAAAUAAUCCGUGCUUGAGGAAAAUUGAAAAUGAUGGUCGAUAUAUGCAGAUAGUUAUCUUAUAUGUGUUUUAUUUUAUUUUAUUUAUUUUAUUUUCAAUGUAUGUGUGUGUAAAAGUGGACGCAUCAAAUUAGUUGUGCACGCCUUCAGCUGCUCUUAUUAUGUAUUUGGAGAAUGCCUUGUACCCUUAAAAACUUUAUUUAUUUAUGCAUU